GGGCUGGUCUGGGAGUGACGUCAGCCGCCGGUGCCGGUGCUGGUGGCGGUGUAGGUGCUGGUGUCGGAGGAGCCGCGAUGACCGCCCACUCGCUCAGUAUCCCCCUGGUCUGCUUCACCAUCUUCUGGGGACUGGUGGGCAUCGCCGUGCCCUGGUUUGUGCCCAAGGGCCCAAACAGAGGUGUGGCCAUCACCAUGAUUGUGACAACGGCUGUCUGCUGUUACCUGUUCUGGCUGAUCGCAAUACUGGCUCAGGUCAACCCACUCUUUGGGCCGCAGCUGAAGAACGAGACCAUCUGGUAUCUCCGCUACCACUGGGAGUAGAGAGUGAGCGGAACAGGACGAGGUCUCUGGGUCCUUCGCUCUCAAACACUUGUACAGUACUUGAUAGAAUCUUGUUUUAGCUUCGCCUCGGACACGCUUCACAUCCCAGCCAGAGAACGAGACCUUAGAGUGGAGUGGCAUUGGGUGGUGAUUACAUAGCAUCCCGGCAGCCAGAGACCUGACAGGGUGUGGUCACGAGUCCGAGAUUACAGCAGGUGGAAGAGAAGAGAAAGUCGUGGCUAUCCAGCGAUCAGACUCCCUUCAGUCUGCAAACAAUGAGUGUCUGGUUUAGAACAGUGCACUUUCACAGUUAUAUUUAGAAUAGACAUCACCUGAGAGUCCAUGUCUGGAAUCUAAUCCGGUGGGUUGGGGGGAGGGGGAGAGGAGGGUUGUAUAUAGAGUAAUGCACCACUGAGAGUGAGUUACAGGCUGGAAUCUGAUACAGGAUGUAUUUCGCCCAUAAAAUACACAACUUCACAGUGUAUUCUGUGCUUUGAGAC